AUGGAGGGAAGGAAAUGCCUCUACUGCAUAGUGUUUCUCAACUCUGCUGGCAUCGUCCACAAGACGCUCGGCAACGUCAACUUCCUGGACAUCAACAUGGCCGACAUCAUGAGAGACAUCAAACAACACACGAACUUCUCGGUCGUCGAAGAUUCCGACUCAGGCGGCAGCGACAGCGCGCCCUCUGGGGACAAUCUCGGAGAGAAGGAGCUCAGACAGGUGGAGGACAACUUGGUCUGCAGGCGUCCGAUGCGUGCAAAGCGCAAGCCCUCGCGGACGAAGACCGGAACCAAGCGGCUGAGCAAAGUACCCAGCAAGCGUGAGGUGGCCCCGGCCGUGCGGCACAGGGCCCGCACCAAGAGCGCGACCAAGCCGAUGGCGCCUGCGGAGGUGAAGGAGACGAAGGAGGCGCCCGAGCUGCCGCGGAGGGAUCUCUUGCAACGCGUCGUGGCCUUUGGGCAGACCACCUACCUGGCGACCAGCCCCAGCUCACCCACAGGCUUUACAUCGCCCCUGCGGCGCUUCCAGGAGCGUCCCGAACGACGCGAGCUCCUGCGCAAUGCGGGCAGCUGCAUGUUGCGCGGGGAGGAGAGUCAGUCCUGCACCUCGCUCGCCGCUCCGCGGGCGGCUUCCCUCGCGCGGGAAGCGCGGGAACGGCGCCCCAUGACGGCGACCAGCCGGGAGAAGAGCGGAGCCCUGAGGUCCCACAGCGACGGGCGGCGGUCCAGCGAUCAGCUGCGGCAAGCGCCGGUGAAAUGGAUCUCCUGGGACGAGGACCUGCCGCUGGGUGAGCUCUCAUUGUCGCCCUCUCGGACUCUCCGACCACGAGUGCGGAAGGCAGAGAUGGGGCUGCUGCUGCCCUGGGCGGCCUUGGCCUUGGAGGACGAGCGAAAGAUCGGUUCGCCCCCGUUGGGUUUGUUUUGA